UCAGAAAAAAGAGGGGUAUACAGUACUAGCAUCAUGGCCGACUACAGUGCAAAACCGAGUUCUGGAAAGCUGGAUGCUGUACAGGAGCAGGUUAACGAUGUGAAAAACAUUUUGUCAGAUAACUUAAACAAAGUUCUAGAAAGAGGAGAAAGGCUGGAUGAUCUUAUAGACAAAACAGAUGACCUGCAAGCAACCGCCGAGACUUUCCAAAAAACAUCAACAAGGAUUGCUCGGAAGAUGUGGUGGAAAAACAAAAAGAUGCUUGCAAUUAUUGUGGUGAUAGUUAUAAUAAUUAUAAUCAUCAUAAUUCUUCUAGCCACAAAUGUUAUUCCAACAUAAUAUCCAACCAGUGGAAGCUCUCUUUACAUUUAUCGCACUCCUGACUUUUUUUUUGCACAUUUUAAUUUAAU